UUGUUUUACGGGCGGUCAUGGAAAGAUGGAAAUCGAAAGCAAAAAUGGCUCCAAAAUCCGAGUUGAAGAAGACAUGGAUUUCGGCAGAGGAUUAGGGUUUGUUUCCACUGACCGAACAGUUUCUCGCCGCCAUGUUUCUUUCAAACCCCACGAAGACGACGACGGAAUCAGCAGUGCUUAUUUCCAAGUGAAAGGCAAAAACCCCAUUUGGGUACGCCAUUCCACAAACCCCCACAUUAGGGUUUACAAUGCUUCUCAAUCUGGUCAAUUAAACAUCGGAGAUUCAUUCUGUCUGUCUUCCAAACACCCUGUUUGGUUUAAUCUGAACAAAAUCGCAUCUGCAGAUGAAUCGAAUAGAUACGAGGAAGCAUUCGCAGAGAUUUCAGGGUUUGAUCAUGAUGAAAUUGAGACCACUGAUAUCGAUGAUCCUGUUCAAGAGUUUGGUUUUGUUGUAAUGGGGCGUGAGUUUGAUUGCUACCAGAAGAAAUUGAUCCGGGACACGAGGAACUGGAAUUGGUUUCUUGAAGAACCUAUCAAGGAUAGCGAUGAUGAAGAAGACGACGAGAAAAGAUCAAGAAAGAAGAGGAAGAAGAGUGGAAAGAGGGAUGAUGUUGAUGAUGAAGUUUGGACGGGUGAGAGCGAAGAAGAAGAAGAAGAUGUUGAGUCGAUUAAGAAGUUGAGAAAUGACACGAAACCUAAGUAUUCAACUAGAUCGAAAGAUAAAGGUAGAAAGGGUGCGGGUGCGGGGGCAAGUAAAAGUGUAAAAGAUGACGCAAAGAAGAAGGCGAGGAGUGAUGAAGAUGAAGAUGAAGGUGAUGAAACAUUGGGUGGAUUCAUAGUUGACGAUGAAGAUAUAGGAGAAGGAGACGAGGAUGAUGAUGACAACGAGGAAGAGUUUGAAGAAGACGAGGAUGAUGAGUAGUUGUUUGUUUAAAGUUUUCAUUUAGGAUUUCUGUGUUUUUAUGUUGUUGUAUGCUAGUAGUCGUAAACAUGUACAAUUACGCAGUUUUCUACCAAGUUUGACGUGUGUUGUGAGUCACCCGUCUUUCAUGUC